AUACUGUAAUAAUUAAAUAAUAAAAGCAAUAAUAAUAAAAAACAACAAUAACAAUAAGAAGAAGAAUGGAAAGACAGUUGACCCGUCGUUGAUCCAAAUUAAUACUGAGGAAAAAGAGGCCACUGGCUCUUCUCCACUCCGGCAUACCAUCACCAAGUGCACCCACUUAUUAUCACUUAAUUGUGGUCAGAAUGUGAUUUAAAAAAAAGUACCUUUAUAACACCUCUGGGAGAAAUAUUGUUUUCACUGCCUCCCUCAUUCUGCUUUUGGGCCCAACUCUAAUAAAUAUGUCAAUAAAUUCAGCCAUCAGUGCGCAAUGCCAGAGCGCAUUAUCAGUCUUGGGCAUCGAGGUGUGUCGCACUCGACCCAAAAGCGCGGGGGGGGGGGUUUGAAAUAAAUACACGGGUUGAUCCACCUGGAAUGGGCCGCGAUAAGAGCAGCCAGUGUUAACCAACACGUUUCCUCUACACCUCAUCCGAGUCUUCCUUUUCCAAACACGCGUUUCUUUAAUGUCCCGGCCUGUUUUUCCAGCCCGUGUGCGCACCGACGGCACCCAGGGGAGCCGAGGCCAAAUCAGCCACAGGCCAGUGAGGGAGAAGGGGGCCGGGACACCUGCUUUGGAAAAGACACUCCAGACACUAAACUUUGCUGACUUCGUUGCAAUUCGUUCGUCCUAAAAAACACUUGCUUGCGACAUGGAAAAGAGACUCGCCUUUUCCCUUUUGGCACCUGACAGAGGAGUAUAUGGAAAAUAAGAUUUAUCGUUAAGUACUUUAGGAUCCUGUUUGUGCAGAGGAUAAAAAAAGAAGAUUCUGCGUGCAACAAAUGAAUCCAAAGUGAAAAGCUGGAAAAACAAAAAGGGCAAAAGCACGCUGAUCUGAUAACAGUAGCCUAGUGCAUGAACAACCCUUUCUUUACUGACUUCAGAUAAUUGACGGAUACGAAUAAAUGUAACUUCAUUCACUAAUAAUAAUAGUGAUAAUAAUACACACAUACAUACAUGCAUAUUUUUUUACGUUAGUUAUGAAAUAAAUGUACAGGUAAUUUCUUGCAUGUGCUUAAUACGAAGCUUACGCUUUCUAUAAUUGCAGAAACGCAGGCUGAGCCAGGGGGAUGUGACCUGUAUUAUCCAGAAAUAUCGUUAGAGACGAUGAAAAUAGAAUUCUCUUAUGUAAAGAUUAAUUUCAGUGGCACAAAAAAUCUAAUAUUUCCUAAAUAAUAUUACUAAAUAAUGUGUGUGCACACAUGUUGUAAAGGUCGAAGGCUAAAAUAUUUGCAGAGCGCAUAAACUGCAGUAUAAUUAUAAGUAUCCAAUUUGUACGGAUGCAUGAGGACGAGGACGAGCAGCCGUCAUCAUUUCAUAAAUCAGAAGCGUCAAACAGGUUUUUCUGUGGAAAGGAUCAGAUGUCAGUGUCCGCAGGGUUCAGCCUUGCAGGUGGGGAAGUUUCAAAGGGAGAAAAAAAUCUAAUAAUUCACUGAAAAUGUUUAGAGUUGCAAACAUAAAGGUGGAUUUUUGUUUUCAUUUACUAUCAGUUUUACUUCAUAAUCAUUUGUGAUGACAGUGCAGUCGCACGGGGACAUUUUCGUGGCAGGCUGUGGAUCCGAGUGACAGACGUUUCAUGAUGAUAUUCGGCUCUUCACUGAGCAUUUCACAAAGAGACGUUUAGCUCUCCUCAGAUAUUGGCUUCCCUGGAUAAUCUGAAUUCCAAAGCAAAGCUCAGAGCCUCUGUGCUGCUUUGCUUGUUCAUAAAUCAGACUUUGCUGCAACCAAUGAGAAAACUCUGCACGUAAAAUAUCUCUACAUGCCACUUUGAACCUCCAAUACCCAAGUGACCCACCACUGUUACUCCCUUAGAGAAGCUGCAGUCUAAAUGUGUACCAGUUCUCUUUGCAGAACAAAAUGUAUAUACUGAUGUUUAAAAUAUAAACGUUAUUCAGACACAUUGAAAGAUCAAAUUACAAAAUUGGCAAUCAUUAAAAAUGACUGAGCUUGAAGGAGUGCUAAUGCGUUUUAACAGACUCGCAUAAACAUGCAUUAACAGGAGCGUUAAAAAAGUCGUUUGGAUUGUAAAAUAGACUGUUAAUUUGGAUGUGUACUGCCACAAGGAAGCUGGAAGGUGUCUGAAAACAUUUGCAUUAAAACGGUACAAAACUAUCUGUCUUAACAAUUCAUUUAAUGUUACAUUCGUCAUGCAUUUUUUUUAAAUGUAAUGAAAAAAUCUACAACAGGGAUAAAUAAUCUCACUGGUUGCCAAACAAAUCAAGUAUGUAUAAUUUAUCAGUUAUUAUCGUGAAACUGCUCUUAUUCUGAUUUUUUUUUUAAGUAUUGACACUUUAUUGAAACUCUCUUGGAAUCAAGCAGCACUGACACGUUACCAGUUAUUAGGCUAUAGAAACCCUCCCAUAAGACUUUAAGAAUAAAUAACGUAAUUAAAUUGUGGGCUAUGUGUUUUAUUGCGGCUAAGGUAGUGUAAUGUCAAGGUGCGUAACGAUUCUUACUCGCGCAGUCGGUGAUUUGGGAAGAAAGAGAUUAGUAGCCUAAGAGUGGUAUUUCCUUUUUUCCUCUCUCUCUCUCUUUAGUUGCAUGCUCAAGUCCCAUUCUCUGGACAAGUUCAGUGCGUUGUUCUCCGGACCGGACGGACGCUUCUUAUUGGUAGGUUGCGACAGUUACAUCACGCCGCUCAUGACGCGCACGUCUUCCUGUUUCCUUCAGCCGUGUCUUAAAGUGAAUCUUAGUGGCGGAGGAGCGCUCCAGCAUCCAGUCCUCUGCAUCCAGUGCGCCUCGGAGACGCACACACAGCCUCUCUCUCUUCCACUCUCUCUAUGUCUCUCACUCUUUUAGUCACAGCAGAGGAUAGAGGGAGAGACCGACGCGCAAGAGCUCUUUUCAUCUUCUAUAUUUUUCCUAUUUUGUUCCUUUCGGUCGCGUCGCUGACUUUUUUCCAGCUCUUCCUUCUCUGAGCAAUUGUUAUACCCCAGCAUCCAGCAAUCCGCCGUGUUCUGCGUAUAUUCUCUCUUUUUUUUGCCGUAGGAGUUCAGGCUGUCCCCCUCUUCAUCCAAAGGGUACUCAAAGGCUUUGAUCCUAGAGGACUGGGUUUGUGGGAUAUGGCCCAAUAGCAGCAGCCCGUGAUGCCGGACCAUGACAGCGACUCCCUCCUGAACAGACAGACCAAGCGAAGACGUGUGGACAUUGGUGUUAAGAGGACCGUGGGCAGCACAGCCUCCUCCACAGCAGCAGCCACAACAGCAACCACUGAUAACAUUGCCCGCGCCAAAGCAGCCAUUUUCAGUGCCAUGAACUCUCUGAGCUCCCACUCUCACCACGGAUCAGACACCGACUCCAUGGAGUGCUCUGUAGUGCAGCCACAUGGUGGGCCUGGCGUUGUAUCAGCCAACGAUAGUGAGUCCAAGUCCAAUGUACUCCGAAAGCUACUGAAGAGGGCCAACUCAUACGAGGACACAAUGAUGCCCUUCCCUGGCACCACCAUUAUCUCCCAGCUUCUCAAGAAUAACAUGGCUAAAAAUGGAGGAGGACCCGAGAGGGGAGAAAGAGGGGACAGGGGUGAUAGAGGGGAUGCUGGGUUCCCUGGAUCAGGGCUGUCCAAUGCAAGUUCAGAUGCUCCCCAGGAGGAUGUCUGCAGUAACUCCUCCCAGGACAGCACCCCUCAAGAGUGCUUGUCACCGUUUGGUCGUCCUCCUGGCCUGGCCACCUUUGACAUUGAACGUCUUAAUGAUGAACACCUGCGUGCCAAGCGAGCCCGUGUAGAGAACAUUAUACGUGGUAUGAGCCACUCACCCAGUGUGGUGGUACCUGCUUCUUCCCGUCAUGAGCAUGACCAUGAGAUGGAUGGUGAAAGGGAGAUGGAGCUAGACUGCCCACCCCCUCAGUCUCAGCAGCAAGCCCCCAGCAGCCCACGGGGAGGCGAGGUGUGCAGCAGUAGCAGCCGAGAGAACAAGCGUAAGCAGCGUCUGCCUCAGCAGCAACAGCAGAGCUUCACCCAGCUGGUGUGCCAGAGGAAGGAACAGAAACAAGAGGAGCGACGUCAACUGAAGCUGCAGCUGGAGGACAUGCAGAAACAGCUACGCCAGCUGCAGGAGAAGUUCUUUCAGAUCUAUGACUCAACCGACGACUCAGAACACAAUGACCUCCACAAUGACCUCCACAAUGACAUAGGAAACAUGUCUGAGGACAGCCCAGCCAGGUCUGACACCGGCGGCGAUGACCGGGGUGGAGAUGACUUGCGCUCUGACAAUGAGAUGUCUGACCUAGACCCUGGCCAUUUCCUGGACAGGGCGCGGGCAUUGCUUCAGGAGCAGGCCCUGCUGGCGGACAGAGAGAAGCCAAGAAGAGAGGGGCUCAGCCGAAGUAAAGGACAGGGAGGUCCAGGCUCCUCCAUGCAUGCUGAAGGUAAACAGCUGGCAGAAACACUGAAGCAGGAACUCAAUUCAGCCAUGACCCAGGUGGUGGACACAGUGGUGAAGGUGUUUGCCAAGCCUCCACGCCCUACACCCCAGCAAGCCUUCCCCCCGCUUUCCAUACCUCCUGAAAGAUUUCCCACUGUUGUCAAUGGAGAUAACCCCAACUUCCACACCGCCAACCAGAGGCUGCAGUGCUUCGGCGAUGUCAUCAUUCCCAAUCCACUAGACCCCUUUGCCAGCAUGCCCGGGAUGCCAGGCGCCACCAAUGACCAAACCGAGGCACUGCCCUUAGUCGUGAGGAAGACACCCAGUGAGCACCACCACCACCAGUCCUCAGCUGUGGGUGCACAUGGCGGGCACCACCACCCCGCCCUUCACCCCUCCUCGCUCUCUGCCUCUAUGGGCUUCAGCCCCCCAUCCUUCAGACACCCGUUUCCACUGCCUCUCAUGGGCUACCCUUUCCAGAGUCCCCUUGGUGCACCCACAGGUGGCUACACAGGAAAGGACCGUUCCUCACCAGACUCCAUGGACCUGUCCCGAGAGACCACCAGCCUAAGGACCAAGAUGGCAUCAGGUCACCACCUGGGGCACCACCAUCGCUCUUGUUCACCAGCGCACCCUGGCAGCACAGCCGAGGGACUCUCCCUGUCUCUCAUCAAGUCUGAGUGCGGUGACCUCCAGGACAUGGCUGACAUCUCACCUUACUCAGGCAGCAAUAUCCAAGAGGGUCUCUCCCCCAAUCAUCUGAAGAAGGCCAAGCUCAUGUUUUUCUACACCCGCUACCCAAGCUCUAAUAUGCUCAAGAUGUUCUUCUCUGAUGUCAAGUUUAAUCGCUGCAUAACCUCCCAGCUGAUCAAGUGGUUCAGCAACUUCAGGGAGUUCUACUACAUCCAGAUGGAGAAGUUUGCCCGCCAGUCUAUCAAUGACGGAGUCACUGGAACAGAGGAGCUGAGUGUCAGCCGCGACUGCGAGCUCUUCCGAGCCCUGAACAUGCACUACAACAAGGCAAAUGACUUUGAGGUCCCUGAUCGUUUCCUGGAGGUGGCCGAGAUUACACUGAGGGAGUUCUUCAACGCCAUCGUGGCUGGCAAAGACGUGGACCCGUCCUGGAAGAAGGCCAUCUACAAGGUCAUCUGCAAACUGGACAGCGAGGUCCCCGAGAUCUUCAAGUCCCCCAACUGUCUCCAAGAGCUUCUACACGAGUAAAUUUCUCCUCCUCCUCCUCCUCCUCCUCCUCCUCCUCGCUCAACGCUUUGCGCUUUUUUAUUUUCUCUGACUUCAUAGAAUUUCAAAAUGAUAUUCUCUUUUGUUUUUUUUCCUUUCCCCAACUAUACUUUUGAUUUCCUGUUUUUUUUUCUUUUGAAUGUAUGAAAGUUACGAAGUAGCAUUCCCAAUCUGAAGCCUCUGUGGCAGUUCCUAAAUGACCUAGCUAUUGUGUUGUUGUUCUUAUAUGAUAAUUAUCAUGAUGGUUAUUAUUUGUUUUGUUUUUCUAUGAUUAUGAACUGAAGAGACUCGAAUCUUAUUGGGUGUUUUUGGACCGUGUGAACCCUCAUCCAUUUGGCCUGUUUUAUGAUCAACACUUAAUAAGUCCUCAGACUGUGGAAGGAGUUACCAUUUACACUACAUAGGCUGGGUUCCCUAAAGACUUUACUUGUGGCACCCAGGGGUGUCCCUACAAUCCAGUGGGUGUCCAAAUGAACUGUCCCUGCAAAGUGCAAAGUGGGUGCCCAAUAGACUGUGCUACUGAAGAUGUCCUCAACAGGACAGUCACUCACACACACACACACACACACACACACAUACACACACACACACACAUAUACACAAAAACAAGGCCUAGAGAGGUUAUUGACUGGACUAAGACUGGACUCGUUGUACUGGUCUCUACUAGUCUGUGGAACUUGGACUGGUUUCAAAUAGCUACUGAGCUCUACCAUGUUUUGAAGUGUGUUUUCCCUGCAAGUAGGGCAUUGUGUUUAUUGGCUGUACAUUUUUAUUUUGAUUAUUAUUAUUGUUGUUUAUGAUUAUUAUUAUUUGUCAUCACUGCUUGCUGAAGAUUGGCACCUCGAGAUUUGUUUGUCCCUUGAUGCCACCGCAGAAAAAAAUAAAUUAUUGCUAUUAAUAUUAUUCCACAGGAGUUUAGAUUCUGAUAUAAUUUGCCCCAAUUUCCCAUCCUUCUCCUUACUCUUGUUUUUGUUUGUCCAUCUCUGAAGUGGACUUUGGUUUUGUUUAUUUUUUUGGUGGUCGGGGUCUGGGGCAACUUGCCUGGAAAGUGUUUCAAUUUGGGGUUUUAAUCGAGGGCCAUCAGAGUGGGCUUCUCUAUCUUCUCUACCUGUAGUGACUAGCCUAUAUCCUGCACAGGAUUAGUCUGGCAACGAUGUUGGACAAGGAGUUCGUGUGCAGAAACACAUGAAGUAAACGGUGCAGAAGUAAAGAAAUUUGCAGAAGUGUGGCCUUUUGGUGCGUGACUUGCUGUUUUUAAACCGCUAAAUUUCCAUAGCCACUCCAGCUUUGAUAACUAACCUGCUCCUACUAAACGAGCCAUUUGUUCAGCUAUCAAAUAAAUCUUAUUCAUCUAAUUAUCUGUUCAGGACUGGUGAACAUACACAAUAAUAACUGCAUAGGUUUUUGUCUUAUAGCACUGUUCACUGAAUAGCUGGUGUGUGAGAUGAAGUCGGCCUGUUUAUAUGGCAGGCUUUUAUUACGAUUAGCCUAUACAAGGUGUAAAUUACAUUAUGAAGUUAUUUCAAUAGCAGUUGAUACUUGAAUAUAUCAGAAUACUGUGGCAAUCUAAAGUACAGUCUUGCUGAAACAAUAGAUAAUUGAAUACAUAUGAAUAGAAGCAUCACAGAGAGGAAGAUAAUUCAAGGAGGGCAAAGAGAGAGGUGAAUAUAAACUGAAACACAGGCGUUAAUUAAUUCUGCUUCAAGUGGAACUUCCCCCACAAACAACACACACACACACACAUACAAGCACACACACACUGCUCCUUCCUUCCAUGUUCACCUGCCUUUGAGUGAUCUAGCUCCUCUCUCACUGCAACGAGGUCAGAGGUGAGCACUCACCCCAGGGGUAGAUGGAGAAGCUCUCAGCACUACAAAGAGCGGGAACAAAGGCACAGAGCGAGGAGCAACACACAACUGACACCCUCUGCUCUGUCCCUCUGUCCCAAACUGGCAGCUUUUAAGACCCAAAGUGAGAUUCUGCUGAAGCCACUGUGCCCAGUUUGUUAAACGCCAUUCCUUUCACUUUUACCUGAGAUUCUAAUCCCAGAUUUUUUCCACUUGUGUUGUACAUGUAUAUCUUGUGUUUUAUGAAUUUUAUCUGCCCUCUCAGGCUUUUAAGAAUUUUAAGAAGCAGUUAGUGUUAGCUGCCCUUUUGAUGAGGUAAGUUUCAAGCAACGAGAGGACUUGAAUACUUUCUAGUGUGCGUGCGAGCUAGCUGUUGAUCUCACCUUGGCAACAUCAGCUUAUAGUGUGUGUGUGUGUGUGUGUGUGUGUGUGUGUGUGUGUGUGUGUGUGUCACAAAAGAUCAAAAGGGACAGGUUGCUUAACCUGCUGACUUGUCUAAGCGAGACAAAGCGCCUGACAAAAGGAGGCAGAGAAAGACAGUGAGCUACUCCCUUCAUUAUGCCCCCCCUCUCCUCCUCCCCGGACAGUGUUCUUAAGAUCCGGAGCCCUGAGAGAGCGGGACGGACACAUUUCUCACUGAAGGAUGGGCUAGGCCCUGCAUGUCUCAGAGUCUCAAAGCACCAGCCAAGGGCUCUAAAGCGCCACAAACAAAGGAGAGAGGAAAGGACACUUUUAUCUGAUGCACAGAUUAUUAUUGCUCCCCAACCUCCCCGUUCCUGCAACCCCACCCUAAAGAGUUCCUGCGCCUAAAAAGAUUAAUUCAGGAUAAUGAAGACUUAUGUGCAAAAAAUGGAUUAGCAAGACCUUAAUACCGUGUUGAGAAUAUUUUUGUCAAGUUUUCCUUUUCUGGGGUCGUUUGAUUUUAAGGAUAACACUACUGAAAUACAUAUAUAGGCUUUUUUAAGAAUUGUAAAAGAUAAAUCUAUGGGAAAAAUAUAUAUACAGUAGUGGAAGUUCUUUGGAAGGCACUGUUAGAAAUUGUUUCAUAAAAGAAAUCUUGAGGGUAUUUUUAGUGACGGCUUUGUUUAAAUCUGUAUUCUGAAUAAGUGAGUUGUUGGUAGAUUAGGAGCAAUAGUUGUAGGUUUUUUGCAGGUUUUGUGACCACUUUUCCUUUUGGUUUCUUUACCUUUUUGUAUUGUGCUGAAUGGCUGUCUUCUUGAGAUAAGAAAAAAUAAACUUGGAAUAUGUUUUCAGAGUAAGUGAAAUAUUGUUGUCGCUACUGUAAAUACUGUCAGGAUGAAACAAAGAAUAGCUGUACAGUUUUUAUAUUAUCUCUCAGAGUGCUAGAGAGGGGUGAGAGUGGUUAAAAAAAGAAGGGUGAAAAAAUAGAGAUGACCCGCUCUCUCCAUCUGGACUCGUAACCACUUUUCCAAAAGCCCACAGCGGAGAGGUUUUGGUUGAUGUUUUUUUCCCUGCCAUGCCUUUAACGGGGGUCUGUUUCCCGUCGGCAGUGCCCUUGAAGUUGCACCAGCAUCCGUUUCUUUAAUUUUUGCUGACAGAACGAUGCAUUAGGCUAGCGUCGGGUAAUGAUGAUGUCACGGAGUGGCCCGUUGGCAGUCUGUGGACCCAGUCUCAUCCAAAAACAAGGGCAGACUGCCACCGACGUAGCUCUAGAUUUGACCCGGGAGAGAGACAGGAACUCAUUGUCAUCAGAACAGUAGUGUCAUAGAGGGGGCAGUUUAAAAAGAGACUGCAGUAAGAAAAAAGUGAUUUAUACCCUUUUUUACUGGGUUCAAACAGUUGGAAAAAGUUUGGACUUUUGUUGAAUUUCUGUAGGCUUUGCAUUUUGCAUGUGUGUGUGUGUGUGUGUGUGUAGAUGUAUAUGAGUGUGUGUCUGUGUGAGAGAAAAGACCGAUUAUGAGAACCUGUGAACCAGUGAGUGACACAAUUCUCAACACUGUGGCCCCUCCCCCACCCCUGGGAGUACCAUCCUGACAUGUAAAUGAUUCUCAUUAAGCUUUGGCAACGUGUGUGUGUAUGUGUAUGUGUGUGUGUGUGUGUGUGUGUUGCGAUAAUUUCCUCUGAUCUGUUUUCUGACCUGUUUGAAAGGGGUUUUUGUUUCUCGAUGCUUUCAGUAGUGAUUCUUUUUUUUUAUUAUUAUUACAUUGCUCCUCUUUUUUUGUAAAUAUCAAUGAUGUGGACUUACAGUGAUAAAUACUGCCUUUGUGUAACUUAGCAAUAUGUUAUGUAAAUAGUGUUUUGUUGAUGCUUUUUGUAUGACAUUAUUAUUCAAUUAUAGUGCAGUAAUUCCAACUGAAACAGCCAUGUUUCAAAUACAGUCUGAAUAGUUACACACAGGUUGUAAAAUAAAACUCAUGACAUGGCUGCUUUUUUCUGUUAUUGGUGUCUAUUUGUCUUGCAGAUUUUGUGUAAUUUAUUGGUUUAAUUUAUCCUAAUUUAUUUGAUGUUAUUUUCUUUUGUUUUUCAAACAGGGAAGGCUGUACUGCAUUUCAUUGAGUAGAACCAACUUAAAAGAUUUUAAUCCUUAUCUACCGAAAAUUGAAUUUCAAAAAUUAGUAUUCGUGCUCAUUCAAUUGAGAGAAAUGAUAAAAUGGAGAUCUUGGCAGCUAAAUGGAACUGGACAGUUAAAAAAAAAAGGUUGUUAUGUUUUGUUCUAGGACAGGGCCGAGGGUGGGCUAGAAAGCUGAAACUAGUUUGAAGCAGUUUUGUAUUUUCUCUUGAGAUUUUUUCCCCUGUAUUGCUUUGGCCCAGCCCAAAAACAACCAGUAGUCAAAUUGCCUUUCGUGCCUUCACCCUCUAUGAACUGAAUGUAUGUGCAGUAUAUAUGCAAGCUUGUGCAAAAUGAAUAAAAAAUGGAAAUAAAAAUGAAAGAGUAGAAAA